AUGCGAGCUCAGAAUGACUACCAAUUUGCAGAGUAUUUAUUAAAGAUUGGGAAUGGAACUGAACCAUCAAUAGUUGAAGACUAUGUUCGCCUACCAAAAGAUAUUGCCAUUAUAGAUGAAGGUCAUGAAGAUUCAGUAUUAAAAUUACUAAAUAUUGUUUAUCCUGAUCUCCCACAAAAUGCAAUGUCAGCUGAAUAUAUAACAAAUAGAGCGAUUCUUUCGACCACAAAUGAGUAUGUUGAUGAGAUCAACAAUAAAAUGAUUCGCCUAUUUCCUGGAAACAUAGAAGAGUUCAUGAGUUUUGACGAGGCAAUUGAUGACACACAUAGUUACUAUCAAGAAGAAUUUCUCAAUUCAUUAUUGCCCAAUGGUAUUCCUCCUCACAAAUUGAUGCUAAAAAUAAAUUGUCCAAUCAUACUUUUAAGAAACUUAGAUCCAUCUAAUGGUCUAUGUAAUGGAACUAGAAUGGUUUGUCGGAAAUUUCAGAAGAACGUCAUUGAUGCAGAAAUCACAUCUGGCCAACAUGCAGGAAAACAAGUCUUCCUCCCACGUAUACCAAUGAGCCCAGCAAAUGAUGAAGGAUAUCCAUUCAAAUUCAAAAGAAAACAAUUUCCAAUUCGACUAUGCUUUGCCAUGACUAUUAAUAAGGCUCAAGGACAAACGAUUCCCAAUGUGGGAAUUUAUCUUCCUCAACAUGUUUUUUCCCAUGGACAAUUGUAUGUCGCACUUUCGAGAGGCAUUUCUACAGCAACAACAAAGGUAUUGGUGAAAUCAGAUGAUCGAUUGACAAAAAAUAUUGUAUAUAAGGAAGUUUUGACUUUGUAA